AUGUGCGUCCGGCCUUUGAACCUCUGUGAUCUCCUGGCCAUUCUGCCCGUCUACGCGCAGACCGUCGUCCGGCAGUGGGACCUGGAAUUCCUCCGCGUUCUCAGGGUGGUACGGCUCUUCAAGAUCGGCCACUAUUCCGAAGGGGUCCGCAUGAUGAACGCGGCGCUCUUCAACAGCCUGUCGGCCCUGUACGUCUUGAUCUUCCUCUUUGUGAUUGGGCUGGUGACCUUCGCCUCGGCCAUCUACUUCACUGAGAAGCUCGCGUGCCCCGACUUUGCGCCGGCCAACCUCACACAGUUUGAGGAGUACAAUGCAGAGUGCGAGAACUCUCGCAUCGGGGCCGUCAGCUACGGCUCCUGCUGCGCCUACAUGUGCGCGAACAUGCCCGCGGGCCCCUAUCCGCUGUGCCAGAGCACCUUCGAGGCGCAAGCGGCAGACGCAGGGCCAGCGCCCGUCUUCCUCGGAGUGGAAGGCGGUUGUGGGAGCUCGGUUGAAGAUAGGGCCAGGGCACGGACCGCGGCCCGCGGCUGUCGUGAGGUGGAGGCCAUGCACGAUCUGGACAUUGACUCCGUGCUUACCGGCAUGCGGGGGCCCCCCGGGCCCCGGCAGGUUUCUGGGACUUCUUGCGACCCUGGGACUUGUUGGCCCCAGCAGGUGGUGGGCAGCAGUGACCAUGACCACGGUCGGCUAUGGCAUGGGGCCGAGCUCCGCUUUAGUUGA